GCCUACUCGAGGGAAUAUUAUGGUCCGGUCGCGGUGCGCACAAAGCGAGAGAAAGCGCGAGACACUCAGCUUCAUGACGCUUUAAUAUUGACAUCGGUUUCUUCAGUGGACCUUUUACUGACAUUUACUCAACAGGCGGCUCUUUAGAUGGUAUUCCCCCCCGUGCUUGUUCUGUGUGCCUCACGGUAGGUGUCUGAAUCAGACCUUGUCUGUAUGUUAAAGACCUUCGAUCAUGGACAUGGACAACUGAAAGAGACAUCGUCUGAAAACUCCGUGCAAAAUCCAUGCAUCGUUUGACACUGGUGAGCUUUUCUGAGCCACGUGCGCAAAUUGACAUAAUUUAAAACUCAUUACUGAUGGAUUAUUAUGCAUAAAUUGUGUUUUGCGACUGUGAUGGUGAAAUGGAGACGUAUUGUCAGUUCACUUGGAUAUAUCUGGCAUUACAAUAUUGAUAUUUAAACUCCACUUGCAUUAGUGUACAAAGUGUGAGUUUCAAAUUUUUUAAAGUUUUCCGUUCUUUCAUCAAGUAUUUGUCUUGUAUUCUGAAAUAUGGCUUUAACUGCCAAUGCUAUUAGCCUUCCUGCCGAGGAACUGGCCUUUCCGGAAAUUAUUGAGCUGAACGUCGGGGGUCAGGUGUAUAUCACCCGCUACUCGACGUUAACAAGUGUGCCGGACUCGCUCCUGUGGGAGAUGUUCAGCCAGAAGAGCACCAAGAGCUUGGCGCGCGACACAAAGGGUCGUUUCUUCGUGGACCGAGACGGAUUCCUGUUCCGUUAUAUUCUGGAUUACAUGCGAGACCAGCAGCUCGUCCUUCCGGACCAUUUCCCGGAGCGAGGACGGCUGCAGCGCGAGGCUGAGUUCUUCAACCUCCCCGAGCUGGUCAAGCUGCUGGCACCCAAGCUCAGUAAGCAGAACUCUCUGGGCGACGAGGGCUGCCAGAGCGACCCCGAGGAGCCCUCGCCCGGGGCUGACGUCGCCCGGAGCCUCGGGGCCGUGGCCUGCUCCAGCGACGGGAAGUGCUCCGGGUUCAUCACCAUCGGCUACCGCGGCUCCUACACUCUCGGCCGUGAUAGCCAAACUGACGCCAAGUUCCGACGAGUGGCUCGGAUUAUGGUGUGUGGGAAGACGUCUCUCGCUAAGGAGGUUUUCGGGGAAACGCUGAACGAGAGCCGCGACCCCGAUCGCCCGCCAGAGCGCUACACGGCGCGCUAUUACCUGAAGUUUACUUUCCUGGAGCAGGCUUUUGACCGGUUAGCGGAUGCCGGCUUCCACAUGGUGGCUUGCAACUCCACGGGGACUUGCGCCUUCGCUCACGAGCAGACUGACGACAAAAUCUGGGCCAACUACACCGAAUACGUAUUCUACCGUGAGUGAUCUUAAACCUGCGUCUCCUCCCUGAGAUCACCUGCGAUAGAUGUAGAAGCUCCUCGAUCACCGUCCCCACCACCUUCACCAGACUUUCCCACAUCAGAGCCCUUAAUGCCUCCUCCCCGCGGCGCUCCAGUUACCUUUCUUCCCUUCAAACAAGCACCUCUUAACUUACCC